AUGGCCAAAAUCGCAAAUUUGGAUUUUGCACCUCUAACUGUGAGGGAUGACAAUUACCUACAAUGGGCACUAGAUGUCGAGAUUUCUCUUGGAGCCAAAGGCCUAGAGCAUUGUAUCGUUCCUCAGAACAAAGCUACUAAGAAAGAGAACUCUAAGACCCUCAUGCUCAUCCGUCAUCACAUUGAGGAGAGCUUAAAAGCUCAGUACCUCACAGUAAGUGAUCCAUACGAGUUAUGGAAAGAGCUUCAGAUGAGAUAUGAUCACCAGAAGACCUUGAUUCUUCCGGGUGCCACCUAUGAGUGGAUUCAUCUCAGGAUUCAAGACUUUAAGUCUGUGAAUGAGUACAACUCAGCCAUGUUUAAAAUAGUCUCAAAACUGAGGCUAUGCGGGCGAGACUGUAACUGA